CUCUGACGUAACGACACAUGGGAGGGAGCGCGAUCGCCGGUCGGUAACCUAAAGCCGCUCCUACACCGACGGCAGCAUCAGAUCUCCCUCAGACCAGCACGGCCAGCUUUUCCUCGACAGGCUCAACUUGAAAGGAAUGCUUCUCCAGGUGAGCCGCGGCUUGAGCCGCGCCGCCCCUCUGCUCAGCCGGAGCGUCCAUUCUGGCACUCGUCCCGCCUCCACCGCCGCCCACAAAAGGCUGAGGGCUGAGCGUCCUCUCACCUCGGAGGAAAUCUAUGCACGGGAGGACAAGCACGGCGCUCACAACUACCACCCGCUGCCCGUGGCCUUGGAGAGAGGAGAGGGUAUCUAUGUUUGGGAUGUUGAAGGCAACCGUUAUUAUGACUUCCUCAGCGCUUACAGCGCUGUCAACCAGGGGCACUGCCACCCCAAGAUCCUCGCCGCGCUCAACGCGCAGGCGUCCAAACUCACCCUGACCUCCAGGGCCUUUUACAACAACGUGCUGGGAGCCUAUGAAGAGUACAUCACCAGCUUGUUUGGCUACGACAAAGUUUUACCCAUGAACACAGGUGUUGAAGCUGGUGAGACCGCCUGCAAACUUGCCCGCAAAUGGGCCUAUAAUGUGAAAGGAGUUCCCAACAACCAGGCCAAGAUCAUUUUUGCAGAGGGGAACUUCUGGGGCCGCACCAUGGCCGCCAUCUCCAGCUCCAUCGACCCCAGCAGUUACGAGGGUUUUGGUCCUUACAUGCCGGGCUUUGAGCUCGUCCCAUACAAUGACAUUCCUGCCUUGGAGAAAGCCCUCCAAGAUCAAAACGUCGCUGCCUUCAUGGUGGAGCCCAUCCAGGGUGAAGCUGGCGUGGUGGUCCCUGAUCCAGGCUACCUGACCAAAGUCAGAGAACUCUGCACAAAAUACAACGUUUUGUGGAUCGCUGACGAGGUGCAGACGGGCCUGGCUCGUACCGGCCGGCGGCUGGCCGUGGACCACGAGGGAGCUCGUCCAGAUCUGGUGUUGCUGGGCAAAGCUCUCUCAGGAGGAGUUUACCCCGUGUCGGCUGUGCUGUGUGACGACGAGGUAAUGCUCACCAUCAAGCCCGGGGAGCACGGCUCCACGUACGGAGGCAAUCCUCUGGCCUGUCAGGUCGCCAUCGCCGCCCUGCAGGUGUUGGAGGAGGAGAAGCUCGCCGAAAACGCUCAGAAGAUGGGAGAGCUGCUGCGGUCCGAGCUCAACAAGCUCCCCAAAGACAUCGUGACAACCGUCAGAGGGAAGGGCCUCCUCAACGCCAUCGUCAUCAAAGAGACCAAAGACUACGACGCCUGGCAGGUGUGCCUACGCCUGCGCGACAACGGGUUGCUGGCCAAGCCCACCCACGGGGACAUCAUCCGCUUCGCCCCGCCGCUCGUCAUCAACGAGCACGAGCUGCGGGAGUGCGUCGACAUCAUCCAGAGAACCAUCAUGUCCUUCUAGAUCUCCGAGUCCAACCCAGCAACCAUCAGUCAUCGCAUUUACUAGAAGUUACACUUGUCAGAAAAAGUCACUUCACAGUUACUUGCUUCUUCCCCUGUUUUUUUUUCUCUCUCUUUCUCAUUGUGGUCCUCUGUGGACAUUACUAGAAAGAUCACACAUGAGGAUAUAGUGAAGCUUCAUGCAGAAGUUGCUGGAAGGCAGCAGUAUUUUCAUUUUGGAUUCAGAUAAUUAACCUUUUCUCGAUUGUAAAUAAUGUGUUACCUGAUUAAUGAUUGUUACUCAUGACAAGAAGGGGGAAGUGAAGUUAGCAGAGACCGUUGUUACAAAGGCUUUUAGUUCAUUUUGACUAACUGUAGGACUUUUCUCAUGUUGUAUUCAAAUCUGUUAAGAUAAAGUCUUACUUCCACUGCUCUUUUUUUUUUUUUUGUUAACCUCCACUCCUCGAUAUCAUCUUCUCCUUUGUGUUUGGAUCACACAGUCUAUUCUCGCACCAUGUGUGUUACCAAAUUUGCAAAGUACUAUUUUUAAAUUAAAAGUAGAAAUAUUUAUACCACUUGGCCUCAGGAAGGCUCGACGGGAUUAAAAAUCAAAGAAUACAUUUAUAAAACGUUCCCGCGUUUACUAUUUUGGCACAAAACUAAAUUAAUCAGAAUUUUUUUUCGCAUCUUUCUUGUGCUUCUUGAGUUAUUUAUUGGGUGAAGGGAUGGCUCAUUGCUAGCGGAGGCUAGUGUGAUGCUUUAGCUGCUGUAUUGUAUGUAUGUAUGUAAAGAUGAGCUUGUUACAAUAUCCACAGUUCAUCAAAUAAAUGAUUCCAGUCUUA